AUGGCUACCGCAAGUAGUGACUCAGAAUCAGACAACGAAAUAUUCCAAGCCACACUUAAGGUAGAGGAAGCCGCAAAACCGCUACCAAAGAAAUCACCUAACGCUAAAAAGAAGGAGAAACUUAUCGAACUAUCAAACGAUAGCCUCGUAGAUAAACCCGCAAAUUUCAUAAGGAAAGCCAACAAAAGUGUUGUCGAUAAAAUGUAUGACGAAUAUGAAAACCAAAGGAUGUCAUAUGCAAGUGACUUCGUUUCGGAUCUUAUCAUUUCAAAGUUUCGCUAGUCCUAGGAAGUCUCAAUGCAGUGGAAUCAGCAGAGAAACUAUCAGAGGAACUGCUCAACGACAAACUUUUGAAGGACGACGUAGCAUACCUCACCCGAUCGAUAUCCCCUCACAUUCCAUUCAUAGGACUCAUUUCAGGGGGAUGUACAACAGCAAAGCAUGUGGUUGCUCACAAAUGGAAAAAGGAAGAGGAACCACCUAAGGAAACAGCAGUGAUACCCAAAGAUUAAACAUGACCUGUUUCAUACAGAAUGCCCCAAUUGGGAGAACCGUUCGUGUGGGGUAACCCAUGGGAAGGAACUGAAUUUGAAGACAUUAUUGAGGAACUCAUUGAGAAGACAAAUAGCAACCGGGAAAAGCUCAGCAAACUGGAAAAUGAAAUUGAGAGCAUUCAGUACGACCUAAAAGCAUUCACAGAGGACACCAUUAGAAUUGUCAGCAAUAUUUACAAAAAACUUUCAGAACUAUAG